AUCGAAAUUUGACAGUUUCAAGCAAAACAUUCUUGCACUGAACAGUAAAAUUUUUUGAUGUAAUCAAUUUAUUUUUUUUUAUCUAACUCUACGAAAUUAAUAGUUCAUAUUGUUAUGUUUUUCUAUGUCCAGGCAACGUAAACAAGAGGACAACUGUCCUUUUAAAAGGUCUGUAAAUUCAUCAGAUUCAUCAAAUUACAAACGAAGGAGAUUGUUCGAAACUGACGAAAAUAUGAGUGAUAAUAAUGUAGACCCUAACAGAAGGCCGAACUUUUCAAAUGUUGGAUAUGUUCAGGUCGGCAAUGGCUUCAGUAGAAAUUUGAAUAUGGUUCAAUUGAAGCCUGCAGCAGCAAAAAAAAUUGUUAUAAAAAAUUUGAAAAGUGAGCCAAAACUACCUGAUGAUUAUAGAGAUCAAACAUGGGAGAAACUGAGUAGUGCAGUUCUAGCUAUUCAACAGUCCAAGCCAAAUCAAUAUUCGCUAGAGGAAUUGUAUCAGGCUGUUGAGAAUAUGUGCAAUCAUAAAAUGGCCCACACUCUUUACACGAAAUUAUACACCUUGACAGAAUCCCAUGUUUGUCAAAAUAUACAACAAUUUUUAUCUGAAAAUAUGGAUCGUUUUUUAUUCCUCAGGAAAAUGAAUGAGACAUGGCUAAGUCAUUGUAAUCAGAUGAUUAUGAUUCGAAGCAUAUUCUUAUAUUUAGAUAGAACUUACGUGCUGCAAAAUCCAAAUAUAAGUUCAAUUUGGGAUAUGGGAUUGGAGCUGUUCAGAAAGUAUAUUGUAUUGAAUAUAUUAGUUCAAACUCGUAUAGUCGAAGGUCUCUUGAUGUUGAUAGAGAAAGAACGUCAUGGUGAUAAAGUUGAUAGAACUUUACUGAAAUCUCUUCUCAGAAUGUUAACAGACCUACAAAUAUAUGAUACUGCUUUUGAACUGAAAUUCCUUCAGUCUACAGAACGUUUGUAUGCAUCAGAAGGCCAACGCUUAAUGCAGGAGUUUGAGGUACCUGCUUACUUAAGUCAUGUUCAUAAAAGAAUAGAGGAAGAAAAUGAAAGAGUCAUUCAUUACUUGGAUUCAAGUACAAAAUACCAGUUGAUCCAUACUGUUGAAAAACAACUUUUGACAGAACAUAUAAGUAACAUUUUACAAAAAGGUCUAGAUAGCCUGUUGGAAGAAAAUCGCAUAAAUGAUCUAUCACUUUUAUAUCAGCUUUUUAGUCGAGUAAAGAAUGGUCUGAUUGAGUUAUGUAGUGCCUUCAAUGCCUAUAUCAAAAAGCGAGGACGUACCAUAGUUAUUGAUCCAGAAAAAGACAAAACAAUGGUACAAGAGCUCCUUGACUUUAAAGACAUGAUGGACAGUGUUGUACAGAUUUGUUUCAACAGAAAUGAAAAGUUUUCAAAUUCAUUGAAAGAAGCUUUCGAAUAUUUUAUCAAUCAGAGAACAAACAAACCUGCAGAACUUAUUGCUAAAUUUGUUGAUUCGAAGCUUCGAGCAGGUAAUAAAGAAGCAACUGAAGAAGAACUUGAACGUUUAUUAGAUAAAAUAAUGGUUUUGUUCCGAUUUAUCCAUGGAAAAGAUGUAUUUGAAGCCUUCUAUAAAAAAGAUCUCGCCAAGCGGUUACUAGUUGGAAAAUCAGCCAGUGUAGAUUCUGAAAAAAGCAUGCUCAGUAAAUUGAAACAGGAAUGUGGUGGGGGUUUCACUUCCAAAUUAGAAGGGAUGUUCAAGGAUAUGGAACUUAGUAAAGAUAUAAACAUUGCUUUUAAACAACACUUGAAUAAUGCCCAAGAUCUUAUAUCAUUGGAUUUGACUGUCAAUAUUCUAACAAUGGGAUAUUGGCCAACGUAUACUGCAACAGAUGUUAAUCUUCCUGAAGAAAUGGUGAAGUUCCAAGAUAUUUUCAAAGAUUUCUACUUGAGUAAGCACAGCGGAAGAAAAUUACAAUGGCAGCCAACACUGGGACAUUGUGUUCUUAAAGCUCAAUUCAGAGCAGGACCUAAAGAGCUAGUUGUUUCCUUAUUUCAAACAUUAGUUAUUCUCCUUUUCAACAAGUACGAUGAGUUAUCCUUUGACUAUAUUAAAGCGGCUACUAACAUAGAAGAUGGCGAAUUAAGGCGUACUCUGCAGUCUUUAGCUUGUGGUAAAGCAAGAGUACUCAUUAAAGUUCCAAAAGGAAGAGAAGUAGAAGAUAAUGAUAAAUUUAAAUUUAAUAACGAAUUUGUUAAUAAAUUAUUCAGGAUAAAAAUCAACCAAAUCCAGAUGAAAGAAACGAGCGAGGAACAAAAGGCUACCGAAGAGAGAGUAUUCCAAGAUCGGCAGUAUCAAAUUGAUGCAGCUAUAGUUCGAAUUAUGAAAAUGAGAAAAACGCUUAGUCACAAUUUACUCAUCAGUGAAUUGUAUAAUCAGUUGAAAUUCCCAGUUAAGCCUGCAGAUCUGAAGAAAAGGAUAGAGUCCCUUAUUGAUAGGGACUACAUGGAAAGAGAUAAGGACAACCCAAAUCAAUACAACUAUGUCGCCUAGGUCAAGGAUUAAAGCUACUUCUGCCUUUUCACAUAUUUUUGAAUAUGAUUGACAGUUCUAGUCCAUAUAGACCUUGCAGAAGUGUACAAAGGUUAUUUUUUGUUUGAUCAAAACUGCUUCUAAUAUUUCUUUUGAAUAUAUGUGGAAAAUAUGCCAAAAUCUUGGAUGCCUGAAGUGGCAAUGAAAAAUUUGAAUAAUCGUAAUGUUUUCAUUUUUUCCUAAAAGUUGAUUUGUCUUGUUUACGCAAUAUCUGUAUUUUGAUUUUUGUUACAACCAAGGGGUCUUUUUAAAAAUUCAAAAUUCCCUUCAAUAGUCUGCAACCAAUAGAAACAAUUUUUUAAUUCAAGUUCAAUCGAAUGCAAUUUUCAUCAAUGAGAAAAUCCUAUUACAUGUUGCAUACUUAAAUUAUUUGAAGUUGUAGUUUAAAAGGAAAUCAAUAGUUUUCUUAAUAGACUUCCAGAUGAUAACAACUAAGCUGAUACUUUUUGAACUCGAUUCCAAGCUUUACAAAAAUAAAUAAUUCUCAUUCAGUUCCGUUGUUUAAUGUUUUGAAGAAGAUACACUAAAUUACCGCUUGAAUAAGUUGUAUCCUAGAAAUUGUAAUCCAAACACUGUUAAUUAUUGUUGAUUGAUAAUUAAAAAGUUAAUUUACAAUAUCAUCACAAUGAUUUUUGAUUUCAACCUUGUUUGGUCUAAAAUGGCCUAAUUUUCAAAUGUUUUUUCAAUAUUUAGAUAUAUUUUGAUACAAUAAAAAGUAUCAACUUGGGAGCUAAACAGUAUUUACAUAUGUAUAUAUCAGAGAUGAUAAAAUAUUCUUGAAGAAUAGUGUAAAUAUUGGAAAUUCAGUUGCUGAGAUGUGUAUUUUAAUUCACUCUCAACAAAUUCUGAUAUCAAAAAUCCUUUUAAACUAGCUUUAAUUUUAUUCUUAAUGUAUUCCUCUGAAAUAAAAUAUUUUGAGAUA